CACGCUACUGUUCAGUUCAGUAUCACGCCCGUCAAGCCGAAUUCCGUCACUCCAUCCAUCUGGCCCCUGAUGGCGGCUCUUUCCGUCUGAACCUGCGCUCUUCCAUUCUGUCGCAUUCGCAUUGCCCCGCACCGCAUCCCCUGUUCCCUAUCACGGUGCGAUAUCCUUCCCUCCGCGGAAUCCCAGCAAUGGCGGCGGCGUUGCGGGGCAACCCGCCGUUCCUCACGCCGCGGUACGCGGACGAGCGGGGCAGGUGCGGUCCGGUCGCUGCUGCCAACCCGCCGCCGAGUGACGCCUUUUCACGGAACAGAAAGCUUCCCGGGGGGGAAAUGUCGCUCGAAAAAGUUGUUGCUCGCAGCGCUUUAUUUACUGGCCGUUUACCCAGCUUUCGCCGGUGCGGUACCCAGGAAGAUUCCCGUUCCAGAAGCCAAAGUGGUUUGGUAUCGGUUCGGUAUCCUUCGGUGGUGUGUCGGGCGGGCAGCGGCAAGGGGUGGACGUCGGACCAGUCGCCCUAUGAGACCCUCGGGGUUGAGCGAGACGCGGGAGAGAACGAGAUAAAGUCCGCCUACAGGCGCCUCGUGAAGCGCUUCCAUCCCGACGUGUACGACGCUGCAAGCAGCGGUGGGGAGGAGGGGGGGGCGGAGAGCGGGAGCGAGCGGGAGAGCGCAGAGGCGCGGUUUAUCCGCAUCCAGGCAGCUUAUGAGCUGCUGUUGGACGGGGAGGAGCGCCGGCAGUACGACCUGGACAACAGGGUCGACCCCAUGAAGGCGAGCCGGGCGUGGGUGGAGUGGGUGCAGCGCAAGAAGCGGGCGUUUGACCAGCGGGGCGAUAUGGCCAUGUCCGCAUGGGCGGAGCAGCAGCAGCGCGAGCUCAACCUGCGUGCCCGACAGCUCUCCAAGGAAAAGUCGGACCCGGACGAGCGCAGGAUCCUAGCGAGAGAGCGGGCAGCGGCCAUGGAGACAACCGAAAAGGUCGUGCGGCGCCACUCGCUGGUGCUCAAGAAGCGCGACAUAGAGCGGCAGCGCGCCGAAGAAGCCGCCAAGAAGCGACUGGUGGCAGAACUGCUGGCGUUGGAGGGGUUCGAGGUGGAGGAGGAGGAAGGGGGGGCGAGAGAAGGGCGGGGGCAGCUCCCUUGGGGAAGUUAAGUUAGAUGCAUUUUGUUCUGAUUCAGAAGACACACCUGGACUGGUGGCGGGCGGACCUGCUGGCGCUAGAGGGGUUCGAAGUGGAGGAGGAGAGGGAGGCGAGAGAGGGGAGGGGGCAGCUGCCUUGGGGAGGUUGGAUGUUCGUGGGAUGGGCUUGAGGCGCCUCAAAACUAGACUCUUAUCACGCUAGACGUUUGUGGGAUGGGGGGAAGGCACAAGAUCCUUUUUGAGGCGCCUCAGAAGAGACCUUGGGGAGUUAGAUGAAGUAUUUUGAGGCGGUAUAUACACUUGCAGGGUGGGCCUGCUCGCCCGCAGCAGAGGGGUUUGAGGCCGAGGAAGGGGAGUAGGGGGAUGCAGGAAGGGCAUGGAGGAGGCAGUUGGGGCGGGUUACAAAGCAGGUGAACAGAGAAGGCUGAGGUUAGGAGCUGAAGGGUGACCUAGGAUACCGUAGUUGGGAAGAUGGGUAACGAGGGCCUCUUGUCUUGUGGCCUCAUUCUGUAGGUUAUGAAAUGUAUGUAACAAGGGUUAGACCUUCAGUCCAUUAGAUGUGUAGGAUUUAGAAUGAAGCUGAACUGUACAU